AUGCGCGAGCGCGAGCUCGGGCGAGCCCCUUGCGCAGUGCUCAGCUCGCCGCUGAUCCCCAAGCUUCUGCUGCCGGCUUUGCUGCACCUCACGUCCUUCUCUGUUGCUGCGUCAGAGGCGGCCAUCCUUCAGGCGCGCACUCUGACGCAAGUCUUCGCCAAUGCGGUCACCGGCAACGAGAAGAUGCAAGAGGCCGUUCUGCCGGACCUCGGCCUAGCCGCAUCAAAGACGCUCCCGUCAACGGGGCAGAGCCCCGGCGUGCGAGUCUUGCUGCGCAUUCUGGCAUCCUCAGAUGGGCAGACACGCAUCGCCACAUCGGUGCUGCUGCUCAACAUAUUCAAGGGUCAAGCCCGCCGAGGGAAGGCCUUCUUGGAGCUCGACGACGCCAGAGACAUCCUCGGUGCUCUCCUCGAGAACGCCAAGGAGGCGGUGCGCGAAAUGGAAGAGGCAGAGGAUGCGGCUGCGCAGACGAACGGACAAGCUUCCAGCCUGACGUCCGCGAGGACAGAUCCGGAGCACUUUGGCAUCUCCUACGAAUUCUUCGCCGACCUCUUCGCAAAUGGCCUAUUCGCGCAUCUCUUUCGCCGUCUGGCGCCUGCAGGCCCGGCGCAGCAAGAGGUCGACGACGCGCAGGCGCUCGAGUCCUCGGUGUCUCAGCACCAGCUCACGCUGCUCAAGCUUCUCGACGCCUUCCUGCACUCGCAGCCCGGCCGCUACCUCGCCGACACCGGACUUGCUGGUAGCGAAGGCGAUCUCCUCGUGCUCGUCUCGUCCUUCAUACAGCUCGCGCAGUCAGCAGAGGCGAGCAUGAAACUCAUCCUCUCGACUGCCUCUGCUCCGCCCUCAUCGGCCAGCGAGGCCCGGGCAGAGCAGCUCAUUCUGCAUGAGCAGACUCUAGUGGCACAACACGAGGCGCUCCUGCUGCACCUCCAGUGCUUGCAGUACCUCGUGCUGCUCGACGGCGACCGCGUGACUGACGUCCGGGCGCCUGAUGAGGCGCAUGCGUCGCCCUCGCUCGUCGGCGCUGCCAAGGAUGCAACAGAAGCGAUGCGGCAGCGGGCGGACUUCAUCCAACGGGUCGUCUCUCUCUUGCACGCCACCUCGCUCUUCUCGCCGCCCAUUUCCCCUUUCAAACCGACAGAUGGCACGAGCGCCACGCCUCGAGGCGCUCCUGACGGCUCGCGGCUAUCCUCGACCGGUCGUGCCCUCUCCAUGCCCGCCGACGGUCCUGCAUCGAAGCGUCCAGCGCUUGCCAGUCUCAAGCGCGACCUCGUGCGCCUGCUCGGUGCGCUCGCGUACGUAGAGCCAGAGCGCAGCGGCGCGCUGCGCUACGAGCUCGAGGGCGAAGCGGCGCCCGCUGAGCCCGCCGCUGGCACGGGCGGCGGACGGCAGGACAGCGCCGCGGCGCAAGAGUACGCCGCGCGCAAGGCGCAUGGCAAGCUGGUGCAGGACCGCGUGCGCGAGGCGGGCGGCCUGUGGGACGUGCUCAACCUCACGCAGCUCGACGAGCUCAACCCAUAUAUCCGGGAACACGCGCUGUUUGCACUGCGCAACUUGCUCGUGGGCAAUCCGGCGUCGCAGGAGCUCGUCGCGCAGCUGAAGCCUGUGACGCCCGAGGAAGCGGCCGCAGCGUCGUCCUCGUAG